CCCCAGACACACACACACACACACACACACACACACACACAGUCUCAGCUUAUCACAACAUUGCACUAUUAGGUGCUUGCGGCGUGGGUCAGAGUGCAAUGUGUGUACACAUCAGACUCCGUACAGCCGUGGUAGUGGUAGGAGUGCUCCUCUCCGCGGCCUCCGCCACCUAGCUACACAUCAGGCUGCUGCUGUCGCUGCUGGUCGCGUGCCCCGCGCCCUGCCACACUCCCUAGCAGCAGCACCGGCGUCAUGGAACACGCCCCGCUGCCCGACGACUGUGACUUGGACUACCACCUACUGGAACCCUUCAUAGUAGUGCCAAACUCCUGCAUCGACGACAUCUCCAUUCUUCCCAAGCUGCAGGAACUGAGCGACCCUGCUGCGCUGUGGCAUACCGGGACCACGCCGCCGCCCUGCCACGCCUCGCUCACACACCUCCCCGUGCUGGAGCCCGAGGUCAACCUGACAUCAUGGGACUUGUCGCUGCUGUCCCAGGUGAGCAGUGACGCGACAUGCCAGGCGCUGCCAUCCCAGCCGCCCCAGGGCCCGCCCCACCCACAGGACGCCUUCCACGAGGCACCCAUCCUCGCGCCAUCACAUACUCUGUCCCAGGGCUUAUAUGGAGCACAGGGCUUCCCUCAGGGCGCACAGGGUCUUCCCCAGGGAGCACAAGGCCUCAACCAGGCAUCACAGGGCCUCCUCCAGGGGUCACAGCCGCCGUGGUCCCUACAGCAGCUCUCCCAGGCCCUGCAGGACUCCUCAGAUGUGCUUCAGGCGCCACUGGAACCGAGGCACGAGGUCCCCGGGAGUUCCCUGGUGCCGCCCUCGUCACAGGAGGUGCUGCGGCUGCCCAAGGCGGGAGUGAGUGGGGCAGGCCGCGCCCCAGCCUCCCCGGCGAGGCAAAGGGGGUUCAAGCGGGGACGGCGCGCCUCACACUCGCCGCGCGAGAAGCUGUACCAGCGCAAGGAGCGCUUCGAGGAUCCCGUGCAGGAGAAGAAGCGCAUCGACGCCAUUAAUUCCAAGAAGAACCGUGACCGGCGCGCCGCCGAGCUGGAGGAACUGCGCCUCAAGGUGGAGCGCUACACGCAGCAGCGCGACAACCUGCUGCAAGAGGUGCAGGAGCUGCGCCAGCGCGAAACGGACCUGCUGAGCCAGAUGACGCAAAUGCCCGCCUCCCCCGCCCCGCCACGCGCUUCCACCCCUGCCCAUUCGCCCCCCGCACCGACCCCCGGACAGCCUAUGGCGCCCUUCACCCCCCUCACGCCCCCUCCGAUUCAUCCCGUCACAGCGUCACCGCCGCCCUACCACGCCCAACACAUCACUCUCCCUCCGCCGCACUUGCCCUGCCAGGCACUCUCGCGCUCCCCAACCCGUCAGUAGGCCAGCAUUGAGGGGUCGGCGCGGCAUCCGGUGUGGUGGGCCCAGCGGUGCAGCGCAGACAGCACCAAUACUGUCUUACCGAGUGUGUUGCACCACCACCACCACCACCACCGCCAGUGUUGUUAAUAUUGUUGUCAAGACAUGUUGUCUGCUUCAUAAGUCAUGAACUGUGCUCAAUUCAAAUAUACGUUAUACUUUUAUAAGA